AUGGGUAAAGACAACAAGGAACAUAAGGAAAGCAAAGAAAGCAAAACCGUAGACAACUAUGAGGCCAGAAUGCCUGCUGUGUUGCCAUUCGCUAAACCAUUGGCCUCUAAGAAACUAAACAAGAAGGUCUUGAAGACCGUGAAGAAGGCUUCCAAGGCCAAGAAUGUUAAAAGAGGUGUCAAGGAAGUUGUCAAGGCCUUAAGAAAGGGUGAAAAAGGUUUAGUCGUCAUCGCCGGUGACAUUUCUCCAGCUGAUGUUAUUUCCCACAUCCCAGUCUUAUGUGAAGAUCACUCUGUCCCAUACAUCUUCAUACCUUCAAAGCAAGACUUAGGUGCCGCUGGCGCUACAAAAAGACCUACCUCAGUUGUCUUUAUCGUCCCAGGUAGCAAUAAGAAAAAAGAUGGAAAAAAUAAAGAAGAAGAAUACAAGGAAUCUUUCAACGAAGUUGUCAAAGAAGUUCAAGCUUUAUGA